CGUCAACACACUCACUACUCAGAGCGUCCAUCAAACCUUACACGACUCUUCCACACAACCACUUUUGCAACACAAAACCCAGAACCACAUCUCCGGUUCACCACCUUUCUCUACAACAACAACAACAACAACAACAAAUCUUCUUCACACAAAAACCAUCACCAUGCCUUCCAAGGGACAAAGCUGGUGGGCCCGCCACUGCACCCCGCGACCCCCCAUCAACCCCGUCGUCGCCUGUCCCUGCCACCACUGCUUCAACAUGGUCGCCGAGGAGCUCGACUACCCAAAGUCGUCCCACAGCUCCCAGGCCAGCACGCCCGCGCCCUCGCGGCCCGUCAGCCCGACCGGCCGCGUGAGCCCUGCCUCGUCACCUUCGGUGCAGCAGGUCCCGAUUACCACCGCGCACAUUGAGAAGGCCGCGAAGCAGUAGGCGUUUGAUGAGAGGACUUGAGAGCUUUUUUGAUUUCACGAUUCGAAAGCGUUGAAAAGAAAAGACAUGGCGACUUUUAACGCGGUUUCAUAUUAUCGACAUCAUCAGCGGACGAUUUCCAAACAGCGAAAAAAAAGUUCUUUUCUAUAAUACACGGAUAUUGGAUGGAGGAUGGCGAAAAGCAAUGACCGGCACUUGUGCUGAUCGCUUCGGCAUCCGGCCCCACUUUAACGGGCGUGGUUGGACGGGAGAAGGAAUAGAAGGGAUUAAUAUGUGAUGGGAAGGAAACAAACACAAAGGACGGGAGGGAUAAUAGUAGCAAGCGGAUUCUGGUUUCUUUUGUUGUUUGGGCAGCG